AUGGGGACUUUGUUCUUUGCUCUUGAUUCCAUGCCGUCUCGCACGGAUCGACGACCUACUUGCCGAGUGCCGACCGCCAGCAACUCGAAAGGACCGCCGCCUCGCUCUUCCUUCGCCUCGACAUCUGGACUCUGCAACCCUCGACAGAGCUACUACCGCCUAGCCGCACAACGUCUAUGCCGUCCCUACGUUUGCUUCCGACUUGUCGAUGGAACUGACAGCUAA